AUGCCUACAAUUGGAAUUAAGCGGGAUUUAUUGUUCCAGGCCCUGGGAAAAACCUACACUGACGAUGAAUUCCAAAAAGUUUGCUUCGAAUUCGGCCUGGAGUUGGACGAAGUCACCACUGAAAAGCAAAUGAUUACAAAAGAACAAGGCGAUGAUUCCCAAUUAUCCCAAGGGGCAUCCGAGGACGUCAUUUACAGAAUCGACAUUCCAGCCAACAGAUACGAUUUACUUUGCCUUGAAGGUUUAGUCUUGGGCUUGAAAAUUUUCCAAGGCAAAAUAAAACCUCCAACAUUCAAAGUAACAAAACCCCCAAAUGGCAACUGUGAACAAAUCCUAGUCCAACGUGACACUAUAAAAAUACGGCAGUUUGUUGUGGGGGCUAUUCUGAGAAACUUAAGCUUCACCAAGGAUUCUUAUGCCAGUUUUAUUGACCUCCAAGACAAACUGCACCAAAAUAUUUGCAGGAAACGUUCCUUGGUUGCAAUAGGCACUCACGAUUAUGAUAAAAUCAAAGGGCCAUUUAUUUAUGAUGCAAAAGCACCUCAGGAUAUUAAAUUUGUACCAUUGAAUCAGGACAAAGAGUACAAUGCUGAAGAGUUGAUGAAUUUAUAUGCAACUCACGCUCAACUCAAACAAUAUUUACCAAUCAUAAAAGAUAGUCCUGUUUAUCCUGUUAUCACUGAUAGUAAUGGGGUUGUGCUUUCUUUGCCUCCUAUUAUCAAUGGAGAUCAUUCGAAAAUUACUUUGAAUACUAAAAAUGUUUUUAUUGAAUGUACUGCAACUGAUUUGACUAAAGCUAAAGUUGUAUUAGAUACAAUUGUUUGUAUGUUUAGUCAAUAUUGUUCAGAACAAUAUUCGUCUGAAUAUGUAGAGGUGAUUUAUCCAAAUGGGAAAAGCCAAUUGACACCUGAAUUGGCUUACAGAGAUGAAGUUGUGCCUGCAGGCAAGGCUAAUAAAUUAAUCGGAAUCAGUGAAUCUGCCAAAAGCAUUGCCGACCUACUAUCAAAAAUGUGUUUAAAAUCAGAAGUUUUACCCAAUGGAAAAGACAUCAAAGUAACUGUCCCACCUACUAGACACGAUGUCAUACACGCCUGCGAUAUUUAUGAAGAUGUCGCCAUUGCAUUUGGUUAUAACAAAAUUAAAAGGACAAUGCCUAAAACAAAUUCCAUAGGCUCUCAACUUCCUAUAAACAAACUAUCAGACUCUUUAAGACACCCAAUAGCAGAGGCAGGAUUCACUGAAGUUUUAACUUUUGUUUUGUGUUCUCGUGAUGACAUUUCAACAAAACUAGGCAUAGAAUCAAUCGAAAAAGUCCCAGCAGUUCACAUUUCAAAUCCAAAAACUCUAGAGUUUCAAGUUUGCAGAACCACUUUGCUGCCUGGCAUUUUAAAAUCGAUUGCCGCCAACAAAAAGAUGCCUUUGCCUUUGAAAAUAUUUGAAAUUUCCGAUGUUGUCCUAAAGGAGGCUGAUACAAAUAAUCGUCCUCGCAUUUACAAAAAGAGAAAACUUAGAAAUCCCUGGUUCACUGAAGAACUGUUUGAUUUAGUGCAAAAGAAAAAUCGUCUGUAUUUUAAGCAUAGAAAGUCGGGAUUAGACUGUGACUUGGAAGCUUAUAAAGAACUGAAACAUGCUGUUAGCAAGGGUGUGAAAGUUGGAAAAAAAGUUUAUUGUCAAGGCAUGACUGAAGAUAAUUAUUCAAUGAUAGGUGCAAUUAACCAAAGAAGAUUAUGUGCAGUAAAUUGCAACAAAAACGCCGGAUUUGAAGUUGUUCACGGCUUAUUGGACAGAAUAAUGUUGCUUUUAGAGGUGCCUUGGUCCAAAAACAAGGACAAGGAGGGCUAUUAUUUAAAGGCAACUUCAGAUCCUGCCUAUUUUCCUGGAAGAUGCGCCGAAAUUAUUUGCAAUGGCGACGCGAUUGGAAAAAUUGGCGUCUUAAGUCCGGAUGUUUUGACUAAGUUCGAACUGACCAAUCCUUGUUCGGCUUUAGAAAUUAACAUUGAACCUUUUAAGGGGGAAAGAACAUUUGAGUUUUUUGUAUGA